UCACUCCCUCUCCUCUCUCUGUCAAAUUCAAAUUAAAAUAUUCUUUAUUGAUAUGACUAUAUUACAAGUAAAAUAUUGCCAAAUAAAUUUAUAAUACAACAAAUAAACAUUACUAAACAUUACACAUCUCUGAGCAGAACAGAACAGCUCCCCCCUCACUUCCUCUCCACUGACAGUAUCACAGCUCAUGUGUUGCUGCAGGGUCUCUACACACUGUCUCUUAGGCUGUAGCAGGCAGAUACAUAUUUGGCUGCUAGAUUUGCAGUCCGCUCCUCCUCUCCCAGCAGGAUGGGGACUUUAAUGCUGUCCAAGCAGAGUUUAAAUUAUGGUGUUUGGCUCUCAAAUUUAGGAAUAUGUUUCCCCCGUAUUUCUAUGUGUUUGGGGCAGGAUAACAGGAAGUGCGUCUCUGUUCCCCCCCCCCCCCCCCCCCCAGUUCACAAUGACGACACAGCCGUUCCUCUCUGGUAACGCAGGGUUUUUUAUAGCUGCCCUUUUCGCUGGCCAGGCUGGGGUCGCUGAGUCUGUACCUUCUCCCCCUGCCUCUUCGAUGGAGGUGAUGGUCACUCACAACAUCAACGCUCUCAACGGCACCACCGUCAGACUGGCCUGCAACUUCAUCUCCUGCUAUAGAGUCGACAAGAGCAAGUUCAGCAUGAACUGGACCUACCAAGAGUGCUUCAACUGCACAGAGGAGCUGUUCCUCCUCUACAAGCACAAAGACAUUAACCUGUGGCACCCUCGCUUCGGGGGCCGGGUGGUGUUCACGGGGAACCCCGAUAAGAACGACGUGUCGGUGACGAUCAGCGAGGUGCAGCUCUCCGACGAGGGCGUGUACCACUGUUACGUGAAGAACCCUCCCGACCGACAGCUGGGGCACGGGGUCAUCAACUUCAACGUCAUCACCGAAGUGCCCCCGGAGCGAGACUCCACCGUCGCGGUGAUCAUCGGCGCCUCGGUGGGGGGGCUGCUGGCCCUGCUGAUCCUGGCCAUGGUCGUGGUGAAGUGUCUGCGGAGGCGCAAGAAGCAGGAGCUGGAACUGGAGGAGGAGGGAAAGAACGAGGGAGGAGAGGGGGGAGCGGAGGAGAGCAGCAAAUGAGCUCCACACACACACUGACACACACACACUGACACACACACACACACACACACACACACACAACACACA